AUGAAGCCUGCAUAUAGGGCGGGUGAGAAGCCAGGGCAGAAAGGUAAAGCCAUACCUUUAUGGCCCAGAGACCACCUGGGCUGUUCUGAAAUCAGCCUUGGCAUCCUUGCUCCGGAAGUGCUGGGCGUGAUGCAUCUCUCAGCUUCAUCUCCUGUGGGAGCUUCGGCCUCCGAGAGAGAGUCUUGGCUGGGGGACUGGAGACUGCGGAGAACGAGCUCUGUUCGCGUCUCCCCAGAGCCAGUUCCAAAAGAGAAGCUGCUUCUCCACAGCCAGCUCCUGUGGUCCAUGGGGACCCGUGAAACUGAGAAUACUGGGGUCUACGAGAUGUUACCUUGA